UAGUCUGAUACAGCUCAUGGACUAAUCAGCUUCAAAGAAAGAACCCCAACUCCUUAUUUAUGUUCUUCCCCAUCCUACCUCCUUCCACCCAGCAGCCACCAUACGUUUCAUCAUUUCCAUCAAGAAGAAAACUUCUCAAAAUUCAAACACUUUGAUCCUCAAGAAAACGUACUUCUCAAUACUCUGAAGAGUUGUGAGGUUUUUGUGUUCAGAACUUUUUGAGUCUCAUGGCAAACUUGGUUCACAAAUCCGGUAAGGCAGCAUCGCCUGAGAAAUCAAACUUUGCUCAGACAUGCAAUCUUUUGAGCCAGUAUUUGAAGGAAAGAGGAAGCUUUGGAGAUCUUAGCCUCGGAAUAAAUGGAAAUCUUGAAGCUAAAGGUCCUGAAGCAUCUAGGCCACCUGCAACAACACUGAAUCUUUUGUCAAAUAUUGAAAAUUCAGCGGAGACUUCAAGAAAAAACUCUGUGCCUGCUCCAAACAUAAAACCCAUGGAUUUCUUCCCUCAAUUUGCGGGUUUUGCUUCUCGAAAUCCCAUCGAAGACUCCACUGCUAAACCUGCAGGUUUGAGGAAAUCUUCCAGAGCAGUAGAUCCUGGAACUGCCCAACUGACCAUAUUUUACGCGGGCCAGGUGAUAGUUUAUGAUGAUUUUCCAGCUGAUAAGGCUAAGGAGAUCAUGGCUUUAGCAAGCAAAGGAAUCUCUAAUGCUCAAACUGGCUUUACUGCUUCUACUUCUGCCAUGUAUAAAGUUAAUCCGACCAUUGCUAUUGCUUCCAACAAUGCUCCAGAAGGACUUCGGUUGCAUCCUCAAGUUAAUGGUUCAGAUAUGCCAAUUGUUGGCAAAGCAUCACUUCAUCGGUUCUUUGAGAAGAGGAAAGAAAGGGUAGCAUCAAAAGCACCAUAUCAACUAAACAACCCAUCAUCACUUGCUAGGCCUAGACCCAGUAAAGAAAGCAAUCACUUGAUUGUUGACCUAGAAGCUCAAUCAUCGAAACAGCUUGAGCUUAAGUUAUAGUUUGAUCACUUGUUCAUGAUCACCAUAAUCUCAAGCAACGUACGAUAAUGUAGUGUACUUUUUAAAAUCCUAACUAUUAUUGUUAUUGUUUUUUUUAAUAUAUACUAAUUUUACUCGUA